UAGCUCUCUUUCUGCCGCCAUCUUGGUUCAGCGUUCCCCGCACAAAAUGCCUGGUGAAGCCACAGAAACCAUCCCUGCUACAGAGCAGGAGCUGCCACAGCCCCAGGCUGAGACAGGGUCUGGAACAGAAUCUGAUAGUGAUGAAUCAGUACCAGAGCUUGAGGAACAGGAUUCUACACAGGCAACCACACAACAAGCCCAGCUGGCAGCGGCAGCUGAAAUCGAUGAAGAACCAGUCAGUAAAGCAAAACAGAGCCAGAGUGAAAAGAAGGCACGGAAGGCUAUGUCCAAACUGGGUCUUCGACAGGUUACAGGGGUUACUAGAAUCACUAUCCGGAAAUCUAAGAAUAUCCUUUUUGUCAUCACAAAACCAGAUGUAUACAAGAGCCCAGCUUCAGAUACCUACAUAGUUUUUGGGGAAGCCAAGAUCAAGGAUUUAUCUCAGCAAGCACAGUUAGCAGCUGCUGAGAAAUUCAAAGUUCAAGGUGAAGCUGUCUCAAACAUUCAAGAAAACACACAGACUCCAACUCUACAAGAGGAGAGUGAAGAGGAAGAGGUUGAUGAAACAGGUGUGGAAGUUAGGGACAUAGAGUUGGUCAUGUCACAAGCAAAUGUGUCGAGAGCAAAGGCAGUCCGAGCCCUGAAGAACAACAGUAAUGAUAUUGUAAAUGCAAUUAUGGAAUUAACAAUGUAACCAUCUUGAAA